UUCAUUUUCUCUCCAUAUAAAAAUCAACUGUUAUCAAGAUCCGUAUUAUUUUAGGAAGAAUAUUUGCUGCCGUUUCUUCGGAAAACAAUCAUCGAGAAAGCCUAACCAGGUAUAAAUAGCAGCAUCUCUCAAACCAAAAGAGGGGCCACCAUGGAUACCUGGCGGGUUGCUGCAGUGCUUUUAAUCACCUCGUUUUCUUGGUCGCUUGUUGCGGCAACUUCCACUAUUUUGAUGCCUACAACUGGUAUGGCAUCUACCAAUAAUACAACGCCAGACGCAACAGCAGCAACAAACGCUACCACUGAUGGGAUUAAUACCACAGCUACCCAAAUUAUGGAAACAUCGCCUCCUACAACUGCAACCAUAGCGAAUAGUUCCACAUCAAAUGAUACAACAAAUGCAACAACACCUACCACAGUUGGCACUAAUGCUACGGAGACGGAGAGUUCCACAUCAAAUGAUACAACAAAUGCAACAACUCCUACCACAGUUACCACUAAUGCUACGGAGACGGAGAGUUCCACAUCAAAUGAUACAACAGGUGUAACAACUCCUACCACAGUUACCACUAAUGCCACGGAAAUGAAUAGUACAACAGAUGCAGCAACCCCGACCACACUGGCAAUAUAUACAAACGCAACAACAAUGUUUUCGUCAUCAUUAGAAUCUUCUACCGAUAUAUCGGCAAACACAUCGGUGACAUCUACGACGAGUAACGCUACUCAAACAAUGAUGAAUUCGACAACACCAACAGCUCCUACCGACAAUAUCACGACCACGAACCCGAUGUCGACAGUGAUGACGAAUACUACAGGCAAUUCAACAUCAUCUACCAUGUCUAUCACCACAAACAAUACGUCGUCAUCGACCAUAUCGUCGACAAUUAUGAAUAAUGUUUCGGGCAACGCAACGACGUCUAUGACCUCGACUAUGGCAGUGUCAAACACGUCUACCGAUGGGCGGAUAAUUACGAAUGGUUCCGACAUCAUUUCGUCAUCACCGACAACGCCGAUGACACCAGCAUCGAGUAACGUGACCCGAACUGAACCUUCAAAUAAAACGACAAAAUCAGCAGGAGAUCUAGGUAAACAUCUUGAUGUAAAUUAA